UUUACAUGAUAUUAAAGUUGCCUAUGAUUUGGAUUCUGCGGUAAUAAAUGCCCGAUGCUACCGCUCAAUGAAAAAGAACGAGCCUCCACAUAUACUCCAAGCUAAAAUCAAGUUGACUGACUGCUCAGCUUCUGGGAGAUGCUCAUGUGUAGCUGGCAUAGGUGGAUACUGCCAUCAUGUAGUUGGUCUUCUUUACUACAUUGCCCACUGCAAACAGCUUGGUCUCCGCUCUGUCCCUGACUCCUUAACAUGUACUAGCAUGCCCCAAAGAUGGAGUAUUCCAAGAGGUAAAAAGAUUGAGCAGAAAGAAAUCCAAGACAUCUUGGUCAAAAAACCAAAAAUAGGUGCAAAUUAUAGCAAAUUCAUAAAGAGCACUCUUUACUCUCCAUCAGAGGUUUACAGAAUGACAAAAGAAGACUUUGAUAACUUCGAAACUAAACCACUGAUAGCUAGUAUACUCCCAAGUGCAGAGAACCUUGCAAGCAUUUCAUUUGUGCAAUGUAAAUUUGGUAAAGUUCCCAAAGGCUCAAUUAUUUCCUAUCAACAAAAACUGUCCCAGGACUAUGUCAUAAAUGAUUUUAGCUGCACUAACUUUCCAAAGCUACCUUUGGAUUCUGCUGAAAGCAGAUUUGAGAACAAUUUCUCAAGUUGCCUGACUCAACAGCAGCAAGCUUCCUUGGAUGCACUGAGGGUAAGCACAGAGGCAUCACUUGACAUCCAGGAGAAGACAAUGACUCAAAGUGCAAACAAUCUGUGGCACGUGUUGAGAAGCAAACGCAUUACCGCCAGUAAGUUUGGAAUUGUUGCAAAAAGAGUAAGAGAUUUUGAAAACUUGGUAAAGCAGCUCAAUCCAUCUCGCCAUGUUGUAACUGCACCUAUGAGAAGGGGAAUUGAAAUGGAACCAACAGCUGCAAUGACCUAUGCUAACAACUUGAAGGGUGGAUCAGUUACUUUAUUUCCAUCCGGUCUAAUCAUCCAUCCUAAAUGUCCAUGGCUGGGUUGCAGCCCCGACCGUAAGGUGUAUGACCUAGAGGCAGUUCAGAAUGGCUCCAAUCCUUUUGGGCUGUUGGAAAUCAAGGUUGUAAAGGAGAGGGAGACUGACUUUGGCAAUGUCAGAUACCUUACCAAUGAUCCUAUCACCAAUGAAUACUCUUUAAAGAAAACUGAUAUCUACUAUUAUCAAGUACAGUGCCAGCUAGCCCUGACUGGCCUUGAAUGGUGUGAUCCUUGAUGCUUCAUCGUUCUGAACUAAUAAACAAUACUCAAGAGAAUUCCAUUGAUUCUUGAAGGUUAUAGAAAUGAGUGUUAAUAUACUAUAAARUAUAAAAGGGAAAACAACCGUU